AUGUCACUACCUGUAACUCAAGAGGCCGUCUUCAUAGGAGUAAACAAACAGAACUAUGUUUCCGACUACAAUCAGCAUCAUAAACUAAUUGCCUUUGGUGCAAGCAAUACAGUCGCUCUUUGGAAACCUUUGGACAAAACGCAUCAUGGAGUUUACUAUACUUUGAAAAAACAUACAAAGGAGGUAACUGGAGUAAAAUUCUUACCUAAUAGCGAAUUCUUGGUAUCUAUUGGAGAAGAUCAUGUUGUAAAUGUAUGGAAGAAAAGUAACGAUGUUUAUACUCACCAUCAAUCGCUCAGUGGUCAUGAACAUUCGGUGACCUGCAUUGCCGAAGUUAAUGAGCAUAUCUUUGUUACAGGUGGAGCUGACAAAAAGAUAAUCAUAUGGGUUAAUAACGGUGACGGGUUCGAAUUGGGUCACAAGUUUGAAGUCAAACACAACUUUUAUCCAUUGUCUUUGGCGAUUCAACAAAUUGACGAUGAUGGAAGUUACAUUCUAGCCAUAGGAGGAACCACCAACAAUAUUCACAUCUAUACGCUUCACUUUUCAAAUGGCCCUGUUUCAAGUGUCGACAAAAGUGCCGAAUUAACUGGUCACGAGGAUUGGGUCAAGACUUUGCAGUUUGUCACCAAAUCAAAGCACAAGGAUUACAUUUUAGCAAGUGGGUCACAGGAUAGAUAUGUAAGGCUAUGGAGGUUGAAGUUGAAUGACGCUAUUGACAACACUGACGAAGAUCCUUCGAAAUUGACAUUGCUCUCCAACAAGCAAUACAAAUUUGACUUUGGUGGCGGUAAAAGAGCAGCAUUCAGUUUUGAAGCAUUGAUAAUGGGACAUGAUGAUUGGAUCACUGGUAUUCAAUGGCAUCCUUCGUGUAAAUACAAUUCGGAAAAUAGUGAGUCCAAAUUGCAGUUGUUGACAUCCACUGCCGACACAGCACUAAUGAUUUGGGAGAUGGAUACUGAGUCAGGAAUAUGGGUGUGUACAAGUCGAUUGGGGGAAAUGUCUAUCAAAGGAGCAUCAACCGCCACAGGUGCCUCUGGCGGGUUUUGGUCAUGUUUGUGGUUUAUUGACGACAUUACAAAUGAAGAGUAUGUUCUUGCAACAGGCAAAACUGGUGCAAUAAGGGCAUACAAAUCAGCACCUGAUAACACCAAAUAUUUUGAGGAGACUAUAGGAGUUACGGGCGCUGUUGGUGCAAUUACGGAUUUGAGGUGGUCCAUUGGGGGUGAAUACUUUAUGGCUACUUCACUUGAUCAAACAACGAGACUUUACGCACCUUGGAAGAGAAACUCCGUCACUACUUGGCAUGAAAUAGCCCGACCACAGAUACAUGGAUACGAUAUGAUUUGUUGUGACAACAUAACAAAGACCAAGUUCGUCUCUGGAGGGGAUGAGAAGAUUUUACGAGUAUUUGAACUCACUGAGUCAAUAAGACAGCAUUUAAAGGCUUUAGGGGGAAUUGAAAUCAGCGAUGACAAUGAAAAACUUCCAGAGUUUGCCACUUUACCAGUAUUGGGGUUGUCAAAUAAAGCUGAUGCGCAAGUAGAGGAAGAAACAAAGAAUGACGACCUGGCUGAGGACAUUGUGCUUAAAGCGCAAGACCAAAUACAAGCACCUCCAACUGAAUCGUACUUGCAAAGAAACAGUCUUGCCACAGAAAUCGAAAAGCUUUAUGGUCAUGGGUACGAGGUGACUUGCUGCUCCACCUCACCUAAUGGGAAGCUUAUUGCCACAUCUUGUAAAUCAAACAAUGCGAAGCAUGCUGUGAUAAGAGUAUUCAUGGUGGACAACGAUUAUCAGCAAUCAAAGCAAGUGCUUGCGGGUCAUAACUUGACCAUUUCAAGUCUCAAAUUUUCUCCGGACAGCAGAUAUUUGUUGGCAGUAUCAAGAGAUAGACAAUUCUCCUUGUGGAAGCUUAUAGAUGAAGAAAAAGCAGAAUUCAACCUAGUUGAGCUUAAUGCAAAACCACAUUCAAGAAUCAUUUGGGAUUGUUCGUGGUUGCCAAAUGCCACUUCCUUUGUCACAGUGUCUCGUGAUAAGCAGAUGAAAUUGUGGGAUAUUCAAGAGGGUAAAGUAUCGCUCGUGAAUGCUUUGAAAUUGGGUGAAGCUAUCACAUCAGUCACAAUAUUUAAAGGCAAGCAAUCACUUAAUCUGAGUAUCAUUGCAUUAGGGUUUGAAAGUGGGAAAGUAUGCGUUUAUCGUACGGACAGUACUGGAUUCAAAGAGGCUGUGUCGUUUGAUGAAACGAUAACUCCGGCUGAUAGAAUAGAGAAGGUGAGUUUCAGUACUCAAAUCACAGAAAAUAAGUUGCUUUUGGGAGUGGGUAGUAAGGAUACCUCGGUCAGGGUAUAUUCUAUAGAAGAUAGCAUAUUUGGAUGA